AUGCAGCAUCUCCGCUCCUUGCCUCGUACAUCGGCCACCAUCGGAUUACGGUUCAUAAGAAACAUGUCAGAGCUCACAGCUGCCAGAUCUGCGGAUGAUGCCGGUGGGUAUUCGAGAAGAAACGGCGCCAAGAACCAAUCCAUAACGAAACCCAUCUCGCUCGAUGAAACUUCCGGUGAGGUCCUGGUUCGCAAAGCUACCGGCAAGACGAAGGUGCGGAAGGGCCAAUCGGACGAGGAAUACCAAAAUCAGCUUUACCAGCAUUUCCAGGUGGAAGGAGGACCAAAAAGGACCGAGAUUGGAUGGAUGGAUAAUGUACAACCGAUGGAUCUGCUGAAAGACCCUAACGAGCAUUUCGAAGUGAAGCUGACGAGGCAAAAGCUGAGCGACUUCUGUCGAAGGUUGUACUACCACAGAGAUUACGCAAAGUGCGCAGAGCUGUGUGAUGAGCUUGUAGAGAGAUAUCAGCCUCUGAAUAAGAAGAACAAGAUCGCAAGGGAAAUCCAGGAAUUGGAAUUUAUGGCUGAAAGCUCUCGAAGAGUACUUCGAAUCGAUGGGUUGAACGAAAAUCUCUCUAAUGUACAUGUUUAA